AUGAUCGAAAUCUGGCAGCGGUAUUCGAAGCCAAUGCAACUAGCGUUUCUGGACUUUGAAGCCGCGUUCGACUCUCCUCACCGAGACCGUCUUCUCAACGCGCUCUGCCCCGAUGGAAUACCAGGAAAGUUCGUUCGCUUGCUUGAUGACAUGAACCAACGAACAACUGCAGUUCGAACACCAGCCGGAUGUACAACACCGUUUGAAGUAGUAACUGGAAUAAGACAAGAAGCAGUGGUAGGACCCUUCCUGUUCAAUUUCGCCAUCGACGACAUUAUGCAAAGAACAGUCGACCAGUGUCCUGCCGACAUUGUCUUAGCACCAUCAGGGUGCCCCUUGACUGAUCUCGAGUGCGAUGUUGUUAUAUUCGUUGAAAGCGGUACGAAACUUCAACAUGUUGUCAACGUUGUAUCGAAGCUGGCUGCAGCCUACGUCUACGCCCUGAUAAAUGCAAGCAGAUGUGGAUCUCUUCGAGACCUCGAACGGGAAUCAGGGUGGACGGACAACCGAUAG